AUGCCGCCGGCAAUCCCCCCGCCGUUGGCGAGCUACAUCCAGUCCUCCCUCUCGCUCUCCGAGUCCAGCGAUGCGCACAGUCAAACGCUCAUCACCUCGGUCCUCAGCACGCCGUCGCCCUGGCUGGUGCUGCGGCUCGUCUACGCGGCCCUGUACGGCGUGGUCGAGGACGACAUCGACACCCACAACAAGGGGGGCGAUGGCGGUAGCAGAGUCGCGGGCCCGAGGCCUGAAAGAAGCAGAACCACGGCGUCCAUGGGCGCGCCGGUUGUCUUUGCGAGUUUUCUGCGGCCGUUGAGUCUGUGGGUUGAGCUAGGGAAGAAGAUUGGCCUCGACAUUCAGUCGCUAUUGCGAAGUAGGAGAAUAGUCUUCGUCGAUGGACUGACUCAUGACCCGCCACCUUAUGGGUCGCCCUUUGCGAGUGGUGGUGGUGGUGGAGGAGGAAGAGGAGGAGCAGGAGACGCAUCACCAAGGACGAGGCUGAAAUCACUGUCACUGAACGACGUGCAGAACGCUUUGAGUUCGGCAUUAAAGAGCAUCCCUACGACGACGACAUCUACCUCAGCAUCGAUAUCAAGUUCAUCGGCAGGCACACCGACACCACGGAUGCCCUCGACGUCAACGCCUCCGACUCGAGCUCCUGAAGCCGGAAAGCCUUUAAUUUUCCUGGAUGGCAUCGACUUUCUCAUCGCCUGCCAGCCUUCUUUCUCAAGUACAUCUAUGCAGGAAUUCCUGUCCACUCUCCGCAUCCAGUCUCACGCUCUAGUACUUGCCUGCAGCGCUGACACUCCAUUGAUGCAUGUCGCCACGUCCUCAAACGAGGGGGGGAUACCGUUGGAGCGCAACCAUGCGCAUCUUGUGACGGCCCUGGCGCACCAAAGUCGCUGGGUGUUGCAACUCCGAGGACUGGACACCGGCAGCGCGAAGGAUGUGUCGGGCGUGAUCAGGGCAAGCAAAGGAGGUAGCUAUGAGAGUAAUGAGGAUGAGCAGCGGGACUCGGGCUGCGUAGAAGCUAGGGCCGCCCAUGACUUAGAUGAUGCUGAAUGGCUGUACCAACUCAAAGGAGACGGGUCGGUUCGGGUCUGGGGUCGUGGUGAAUAA